AGCAAGACAAAGGGGAUGUUGGCAGAGGACAGAAAGCAUUUUGAGGACUCAUUCACAGUCCAGGCCGCUGCGGCAGAGAUGGAGAAAAUAAGGGUACGAAAUUCCUGGGUGCCAACCUGCCUAUGGCAACCUAGAAUUCUCCAGGGCAGGCUCGCAAAAUCUUCACCUACUCUCUGGGACAGUACUUUGCAAGAACAGAAGGGGGAAUUACGAAAACGUCUAUCAUACACUACCCAUAAACUGGAAAUGCUUGAAACGGAAUUUGAUUCUACACGUCAGUAUCUUGAAAUAGAAUUGAGACGUGCUCAGGAGGAACUUGAGAAAGUAACUGAAAAACUGAGAAGGAUACAAAACAAUUACCUAGCCUUACAAAGAAUUAAUCAGGAUCUGGAAGAUAAACUUUACAGAAUGGGACAACAUUACGAAGAAGAAAAGCGGGCUUUGAGCCAUGAAAUAAUUGCACUUAAUAAUCACUUAAUUGAGGCCAAGGUGACAAUAGAUAAGUUGUCAGAAGACAAUGAGCUCUAUAGGAAGGACUGCAAUUUAGCUGCUCAAUUGCUCCAGUGCAGCAAGAAUUACGAGAGGGCACAUAAACUUUCUGAGUUGCCAUCUGACUUUCAGGAAAGAGUCAGCAUCCAUCUGGAAAAACAUGGGUGCAGCCUUUCUGUCCCCUUGUGCCGCACAUCUUACGCUGAUACCAUACCCACCUGUGUCAUCGCCAAAGUACUGGAGAAACCAGAUCCAAACAGCUUGUCUUCACACUUGUCAAGCCCCUCUACAAGGGAUCUCAAUUUUCAGGACUCUGCUGGAAAACUUGGGCAGAGGCCUCAGUACAAGUCAGACAUCUACUGCAGCGACACCGCUCUGUACUGCCCCGAGGAGAGGAGGAGGGAGAGGAGACCGAGUGUGGACACACAAGUGAAAGACGUGGGGUUCCUGCGGUCCCAGAACUCUACAGACAGUACUGUUGAAGAAGAUGGCUUCCAUUCCAGCUUCUCUCACGAAGCCUUCCCAGAGUACAUUACCUCUUUGCCAACCUCCAGCUCCUAUUCUAGCUUCAGCGUCACAUCUGAAGAGAAGGAGAACGCCCAAGCCAACACUAUGACAGCCUCCCAGCAAGCAAUCUACAUGAGCAACCGAGAUGAACUGUUCGAAAGAAAGUCACCUGCAGGUUACGAGCAUCAGGGAAGCCCAAGGUUUGCCAAGUCAAAACCUGCACAGCACAUGGAGCUUGCUGAUGACAAUGAGAACUCCCCCACGUUUACUCGGACUCUGCCUCCUUAUGCAAAUGAACCUUUUCAUUUCUCAGCCAUAACACCACAGCAGGCUUUAGCAAAUCAAAAAAUGAGGAAUGAGUGCAGGAGCACCAACCUUUCAGAAGAAGACUUACCUGGGCGAUGGAGGCAGUUGAGUGUGGAGGACAUUGGUGCAUACUCUUACAGGAACACUGGCAGGCUAUCACCCUGCAGCUUUUCAGAGCAGUAUUACAGCAGCCCUAUGAAAACAGGAGACAGUCGAACAAGUCCCAUCUAUGCUAGUUACAAAGCAGAUAGCUGCUCAGAGGGAGAUGAUAUCUGCCAAAGCAGACUUGUGGAUUCUUGCUUCCUGAGAACAGACAGUGGCCUGAACAUUGACAUCAGCACUAGCUGUAAACAGGACAAGCUGCCCACUUACAAAACAAAAGAAUUAAGAGACCAAAAAAAUGAAAGGAUCACUGUCCAGUUAUGCAGUAGCAAAAACAUCGAAAAUAGCCCGGUGUUGAAAAGAGAAUAUGUGGACGUGAGCCCCAACAGCUCUGCAGAGUCCCUCAAUCACAGUUCAAUAGAGGCUUCAGAAAUCCACCAGUCUUCCAUGGAGCAAGGAAGCCAUUCGAGCAUUCACAGCAAACAGCAGCAGUUUCAGCGGACUGGGAGUACUGGUUUGAGCCGGAAGGACAGCCUUACAAAAGCACAACUAUAUGGAACCCUUCUGAAUUAGGCAUCUUCCAGAACUGCAAUAAGACCACAAGCAAAGGAAAGCAAACCACGUUUGAUACUUCUUGUGAGCGUAAGGUUUAAGAAAUGGAUUAUAAAAUAUAUAUUCAUAAUGGUACUAUAUGUUUGAAAUGAAAUCUCUCCAAAAAUGUUAUACAGCACUUUUCACUUAACAUCCUUUCCACAUGGGAGACCGUUCCCUCCCCUCUUUUAUAAACCUGAAAUAUUUUUAUAAACAAAAUGGUAUUUAUUAGACUAUCCUAAGAUAUUUGAGCAGAAUUCUUUUCCCUUCAAGCAAGUUUCUUAUUUAUUUUUGUGCAUGAGGCCAUCUGUGCCUAAACUCCUGGAGGAAAAGGGUAAAAUCAUGAUGAUGGAAGUGAAAAAAAAAAAAUCAAUCCACCUGAUAAAAUACCAUAAACUUCAUGUGAAAAAAAAAAAAAGCAAAACUGAAAAGAAUGGUGAAUUUGAAAAAGUAUAUUUUUUAAAAAGAAUGGAAUUGUAUCUUAAAUUAUUUCAUACAAAUGUAUUUAUGAGUGACUAAUGUAUGCACAAAGUGAUACCAAUAUUUUGUUCUUUUAAUCCACUGUGUUUCUGCUUUCCUAUUUUUCCUUGUAUACUACCUCAAAAGUAAUUGAGGGUUUCUUUGUCACGUUUUCUGUAGGCUUGCAUUUAUAUUGUCUAAAAUGCAUGCAGUGUCAUAAUUAAUACUGUAUUUUGCAUUACUUAAUAAAAGA